CAACCCUGUCAGGACGUCUUUUGGGUACCUCUCAUGUCAGAACUCUUCUGUAAACAACUUGUGGAAGAAAUGGAAAACUACGGUCAAUGGUCUGAUGGUUCAAACCUUGAUCCACGUCUUGAAACCGGCUAUGAGGCUGUACCCACUCACGACAUCCAUAUGCGACAGAUUGAUUGGGAAGAACAUUGGCUCCAUGUACUCCGAACUUAUGUCUACCCUAUUCAAUUGAAAAUCUGGGAGGGCUAUACUGAUAAGCCUUGGGCCCGAAUGAACUUCGUGGUCCGUUAUAAACAGGGAGAACAACCUUCCCUUCGAUUCCAUCAUGACGCUUCCACAUAUACUCUAGACAUGGCUCUUAACCAAGUUCACAAGGACUAUGAAGGCGGAGGAGUACACUUCCUUCGAUAUGGAUGCAAGCUUAUAGAGACUCGAGUGGGAUGGCCACUCAUCUUUCCUGGUCGUCUAACUCACUUCCACGAGGGAAUGGAAACCACCAGUGGAAUUCGAUACAUAUUUGUCACCUUUGUCAACCCCUGA